AUGUAUAAUUCAGGAUCGUCAAUGGGAGAAAUUGAAAUACCCACUCCAAGUGGAAAAAGCAACUCACAAUUACCAUCAGAAAGUGAUAAUUCUGAUUUACAAAGAGAUUCAAAUUCAAAAAAUGAAAAAGAGGAUUCUCCUGAAAAACCAAUUUCUGAAUUUGCUAUUAAACCAAAAAAAUACAGGAAGAUUAUUUAAGCUUUAGACAUCAUUGGAAUGCUUGGAUUAUUAAUUUAUUGCAUAUUAAUACAGUCUUAUUACUCAACCAUUUAUUUGA